GCUGCACCGAACACAGAGCUGACUUUGCGGGCUGCCUGCCUGAACUCGGCCCCUUGCCAUGGGUGCCCUUGGACAGGGGAUCUUCUGGAGGAACUAGGAGUCUGCAAGACCACAUUCCCUUUUGAGGAUACAACUUUCCUAUCCCGUGAGGUGCAGAUCCUGGAGACUCAGAAGAUUGAGGCCAUCCUGAAUCCUGCUGCUUUCUUGCCUUUGUUCCUUCAUGCUCACAAGGAAGGCCAGUUCCUUCCUCCCCCUCCCACAUUAUAAAAUGCAUCCUAUUAGCCCAAACUUUCUUCCUAUUACAAUUUGCAAUCUCCCAAAUCUAAAUUUAACACAAGUAUACUUAGAAUUCAAGUUAAUCAAACCAAAAUGGAAACAAGCAGAAAAAAAAAAAACCAGUCUUUGGGCAUUCCUCAGUUUCCUGUAUAUCUGUAAAAUUCAGUGUUCUCUUUAUUGCACAACUUUAGCAAGAAUCAUUAGCUGGCCAGAGUAAGAAUAUGAACCCAAUGAAAUAUACACAGUUUGUAAACUUUUAAGUGCCAGAUUCCAAAAUCAACUGAUCACUUCCUCCUCUUCCCUCUAAUUUAAUAAACUUGCAUCAGUAGAUUAAACUAACUUUCCUAAAUGAAAACACUAACACACACCCUAUUGUCAUUUGUGGUUUGGGUUUUCGGGUUUUUUUUUUUUUUCACUGAUUCCAAUUCAUUUGUCUUCCCCCUUUCCCCUUGCUUAGGUUCUUUGGAAGCCAUCUCAUAAAUCAAUCCAACCAUGGCAUCAUGGGAAGACAGCAUUAUUAGCAUCAUCAUCAUUCUGGCUGGAGCGAUCGCGCUCAUCAUCGGCUUUGGCAUUUCAGGGAGGCACUCCAUCGCCGUCACGACGCUCACCUCGGCCGGGAACAUCGGGGAGGAUGGGAUCCUGAGCUGCACGUUUGAGCCCGACAUCAAGCUCAGUGACAUCGUGAUACAGUGGCUAAAGGAAGGCGUCCUGGGCUUGGUCCACGAGUUCAAAGCAGGCAAGGACGAUUUGUCUGGCCAAGAUGACAUGUUUAAGGGCCGCACGGCCGUGUUUGCAGAUCAAGUGAUAGUUGGCAAUGCUUCUCUAAAGCUGAAAAACGUGCAGUUAACAGACGCCGGCACCUACAAGUGCUACGUCAUCACCUCCAAGGGCAAGGGGAAUGCCAAGCUGGAAUACAAAACCGGAGCCUUCAGCAUCCCAGACGUGAAUGUGGACUACAAUGCCAGUUCCGAAAGUCUGCGCUGCGAGGCUCCCCGAUGGUUCCCCCAGCCCACUGUGGCCUGGGCCUCUCAGGUUGACCAGGGAGCCAACUUUUCUGAAGUUUCCAACACCAGCUUUGAGCUGAACUCUGAGAAUGUAACCAUGAAGGUGGUGUCUGUGCUCUACAAUGUCACCGUCAACAACACAUACUCCUGCAUGAUUGAGAAUGACAUUGCCAAAGCUACAGGAGAUAUCAAAGUGACAGAUUCCGAGAUUAAAAAACGGGGCCACCUGCAGCUGCUGCAUUCCGAAGCUGGCCUGGCAGGCUCAUCCCUCUGUGCCCUUGGUUGGGUGCUUCUGCCCCUCACCCCGCACUUGAUGCUCUUAUAGGUUCUCUGGGAUAUACAGAAACAUACACAGUCAUUGACAAAACAGAGUCCCCAAAAUCUCCUGGACUGCAUCAUACCUUGAAGACAUGAUUUUUUUUUAACAUGCUGCUUCUUUUUCUAGAGAGUAAAUGCCUUUACUUCUAGAAAUCUGAACUGAAAAAGAUCAAGAAGCAAAAAAGAAAUAAAAAGCAACUUAGAAAACAUACCAGACUAUAGACAAUUAACCCACUUUCCCAGAAGCAGGUUCACAACUUGUAAAAUGAUUCAUCUGAAGCAGAACCAUCUCAGAACCUUUCUAUAAAUGUAUCUGGACACAAUGGACCUCCUGCCCACAUCUCCCCACAUCAGAGACAGACCUCUUCCCUCCUAAUCCCUGGAGGACCAUGGAAGGCAACUCUAAAGAUGCUCUAAACUUCACUUCAAAUGUCCUCGAUAAAAUAUGCCCCGGGCUUCCGAAGCACUGCAGUGGCCAAAUGGCCCAGCCCCCAAAGGGCUGCAUUUCAGUCCUGGCUCAAAUCAUGCUGAGCCCCAGGAAAUGUAAGGGGUUUUUAUCAGGUAAAUGCACAAAAUUCUUUAGGUGUUCUCCCCACCCCACCCCCAGGCUUCAGGCCUGCAGGAUUUAGAGGUGGAAGAGACUUGGAAAUCACCUCAUUAAUCCAGCCUCUCACUUGAUAGACUAGGAAAGGAAGCCCCCGAGGCCUCCAGAGAACAGGGGGUUGGGCCAGCUCUCUCCUCCCCUUGGCCGUUCUGCCACUGUAAUGGUCCAGGGAGAUGCUGCUGGAGGUGAGGGGUCUUUGGGGCCUGACUUGCUCUGUGAGCAGCUCCCAGCAGCAUCAGGAGAAAGGCCCAGGGAGGGGACCCCACUGCGGAGGGAUGCGCAGAACUGCCCGUCUGGGGAUGGGCCCAGCGCCGGCUCUCAGUGACCAGACCCAGGGAGCCUCAUUCCAGCCCAUCCGGCUGCUGAAAUCCCUGUCAUCCUCCCUGUGACAAAGCAGGCCCCGGGUCUGUGAGGGAGCUCCUGCCCUCGCCUCCAGUUCCUCCCAAAAUCCAGCUCGGCCCAAAGGACGGGAAGGCCGCCCAGCUGUCCUGACAGAGGGACCGGGCAGUGGGCCUGGAGGCCAGCCCGACAGGGUGAAAACCGGGCCAAGGGACAGUUCUUUCGGGUUCUCUCUACUGUGUUUUUUUUACUAAGAGUCAUCGCUUCUCCCUGGAGGUCACGCUUCUAGUUCUAUUCUAUUGUGGGAAACUUGCUUCCACAUUUCUGAGUCGUUCUAGUUGCAUUUCCAAGCCCGGUCUCUGCUGACUGGCCAGGCCAGAGAAACCAAGGACCGGGCAGGAGAAAGGACUGAGAGGGAGGUCUGGGAACCUGUCUGUGGGGAGCCGUCCGGUUCCAAGGAUCACUGGUUUGGGGGCCGCACCCAGGAGCCAAAGGGGAGGAAAGCAGAUCCCGAGGGGGAAGCUGAGGAGGAGGUCGGUCCAUCUGAUCCUGGAGUGGGAAAGAACUCUGGGCCCGUGACAUCAAUGGGGGAAACUCCCAACAUCCAAACCUUCUCAGCAGCUCUUCUGUAACUUAGAGACUUUGGGGUGCCUUUGUCCAGGGCCCCCCAGCUGAUGUGCCCGAGGCGGCCCUUGUCCUUCCUGCUCCCAAAGCCGGCCCUUUAUGCAAGAUGCCUGACGGGCUAGGGAAGAGCCAGAUGGGGACCCUACCCAGGACAAGAGCCCAGAACUUGGGAGGGAUCUUCAGACCAGCUCAGAAAGGAGGAUCUUCUCUUCUCCUCCACUCCCUCUCAUCUGGCCCAAUUCAACUCAUCCUGAAAUUUUAAAAACGGGACCCAGAGAGGGUCAAUGACUGGCGAACUGUCAAGGACAAAGUGAUUAGUAACACAGCCACGGCUUACCAACUCAAAGUCCCCAGCCCAGUCUGGGGGAGGGGCUCCUGGCCUGUGGCUCACCGCAGCUUCAUGCUGGGCCUUUGCCCACCAGGCCCAGGAGAACCAAGUAGGAGAAAGAUUCAGGCCCCUCUCCCACAAAUUCUACAUUAUUCCCAUCAACAUUUAGUUACUGACCACACCCCCACCUGCUCCGGUGAUGGCGAUACAUCAUACAAGCUGAAGCAAGUUCCACUGGGAAAAUCUGGAAAGAGGCAGGCCCCAUGCCCAGCCCCAUGCCCAGCUUUUGUGCCCAGCCCCCGUGCCCAGACCCGGUGCCCAAGUGCACACACCCUCUUCAAGGGCUGAAAAAUUCAAAGGGAACCCACAAGUCCCACCUCAGGGUGAACUGUGAGCCUCAGGCCUGCCAUGGGGGCCAACCAGGGGGUCCUGCCGUGGGGGCCAGCUGUGGGGGAGGUCUGGGCACGGUGCCCGCACGUGGGGGCUCUCCACGCGUGCUGGGCGGCCUGGCUUCCCGGUCCCCACACCCUGCUAUCCCCCAGCCUUCAGGGCCUGACAGGGGGAAAAGUGCUGGCUGGGCUCGGAGGCCCAGCUCCCAGGUUCGCUUUCUCUGGGGCCCGAGCCAGUCUCAGGGGUCGCGGUUUCCUCCUCUAUAAAGUUCGAGCCCACCUCAAAGGCGCCCCUGAAGUUUGCUCCGCCUGGGACAGCCCUCGCCAUCUCCCCUUGGACGCCUACAAAGUCUGUCUGUCACAAACCCUUCAGAACUCCCGUGUACAAUGUCUUCCCUUGCAUGAUGGGGUUCCCUGUGUCCGUCCUGCUUCCCCGUUCGGAACGUAAGCUCUCCAGGGGCGGCUCUCCGCCCAGGGCCCGGCAAACUGCGGCCCAAUAAACGCCUGCUGCUGCCAGCUCCCGUGGGAUGGCCCACGUCACUGACCGAACCAGCCCUAACACUCACAAGUCUGGGGACCCCAAGGUCUCCGCAGGAGCGUUGUAGCCUGGAGCCCGCCCUGGCACCUUCUGGACCUGACCCUGACCCAAGUCCCCAAAAUAAAACCUUUAGAGCACA